AUAACAUGGAAUAUCCAAUCCACGUGGAUGGUCUCUUCCUAGAGGACACGCCAUCAAAUCUUUAUAGGUUGGGUGAAUUCAAAGUGUGUCCUCUUCUCGCGGGAUACUGUAGAGAUGAAGGCACUACCUCUCUCACUCUUCGUUCCUUCUAUCGGGAACAUCUACACCAACGAUACCGUCCUCAAAUCAACCUGACGACUGCACAAGAUCACGUGAUAUCUAUGAUGGCUCUGAUUGGUUACAAUGGAACUAUUCUACGUGACGCAGCUUUAGAGCUGUACACGGAUUGGUCCAAAGCUGCUGACGGAGAUUUCACUCGGACCUACAUCGAUGUCUACACUGAUGUGUUCUAUGCAUGCACCACGGACAGGGUCAUUCGAGCUCACUCAUCGGAGGGAUCUCAAAUCUUCAAGUACAUUUUCACCCAUGAACCAACAGUGAGUAAGCCAAUCUUAUAUCAAGGCAUAGCAGAUAUGAACAUGACCCUUCCCACUCCCUGGCUAAACGCGACUCAUGGGGCAGAUACAACGUACGUCUUCGGAAGGCAUUUUAUGAAGGAGUUUCAAAAUCCUUUAUUCAACUACACAGAAGAGAAUAAAGCCCUUUCUGUCCAGAUAAUGAAAUAUUGGACUAACUUUGCUAAGUCAAGUGAUCCUAACAAGUCGAGUAGAGAUGAUCUGAUAGAUGAUGAAAUUGAACCUUGGUUACCAUUCACAACGGAUGGUUUAAUGCACAAAGAACUAUCUCCUACUCUUAGAAAUGACAGGGCAGCAAGGGCCAAGGAAUGCCACUUCUUAAACGUCUACAUGCCGCAGUUGAAAUCAGCAACGAAAUCAAUAACGGAGGACGUACAGCAAUGGAAGCAGGAUUAUAAAUCGUGGCAAGAGUAUUUCAUUUCUUGGAAGGACCGAUUUGAACAUCUUAAUGAAUAACUUUCUGUGAUCCAUUUCUGGACGGUAUAUACACCAGCUUUCACCGAUUGAAUGAUUAAUCAUAUAUAUAUAU